AUGUCGCGUGGAAGCAGUGCAGGCUUCGAUCGUCAUAUUACAAUCUUCUCUCCAGAGGGAAGAGUGUACCAAGUUGAAUAUGCUUUCAAAGCGAUAAAUUCAACGAAUUUGACAGCUGUCGGUGUAAAAGGUGUCAACUGUGCUGUUGUCGCAGUACAGAAACGUGUACCUGAUAAGCUGAUUGUGGCAGAUUCUGUGACAAGUUUGUAUCAAUUAACGCCAACGAUUGGCUGUGCAAUGGUGGGAAUGAUACCGGAUAGUAAAUUCCAAGUGAAACGAGCUCAAAUAGAAGCAGCGGAAUGGAAGUACAAGAAUGGUUACAACAUGUCGGUAGAGCAGCUUAGUAAGAGAAUGGCUGAUCUCAAUCAGUAUUAUACUCAGAAUGCUGAGUUACGUUCAUUGGGUUGUGUUAUGCUGCUGAUCUCAUAUGAUGAUGAGGAGGGACCUCAGAUAUUUCGCGUAGAUCCAGCUGGUUAUUAUCGAGGAAUGCGUGGUGUUGGUGUUGGUGUAAAACAACAACCUGCAAAUAGUUUUCUGGAGAAAAAGCUCAAGAAAAAAACUGAUUACGAUUACGAAGGUACAGUGCAGUUAGCUCUUGAAUGUUUGCAAUCAUCCUUGGGCGUUGAUUUAAAGGCAUCAGAAGUUGAGGUUGCCGUUGUUACAAAAGAUAACAAAAAAUUCAGGAAACUGCCAAAUACAGAGGUUGAUCAUCAUUUGAACGCUAUCGCUGAAAGAGACUGA